UUGGUGGUCUGCUCAGAGAUUACCGCCAUGGCAUUCCUUGGCCCCUCCAAGUCCCAUUUGGAUUCGCUGGUUGGACAUGCGCUCUUUGGCGAUGGCGCGGCCGCUGCCAUCAUCGGCACCGACCCCGACGUGCCCUUCGAGAAGCCACUCUUCCAGCUGGUAUCAGCGAGCCAGACCAUCCUGCCCGACUCCGAGGGUGCCAUCAACGGCCACCUUACAGAGGCAGGGCUCACCAUCCACCUUCUCAAGGACGUGCCCGGGCUCAUCUCCGAGAACAUCGAGCAAGCGCUCGAGGACGCCUUCAAGCCUCUGGGCAUCCACGACUGGAACUCCAUCUUCUGGAUUGCACACCCUGGCGGGCCGGCGAUCCUGGACAUGGUUGAGGAGAAAGUUGGCCUUGACAAGGAACGCAUGCGCGCCAGCCGAGAGGUCCUGUCGAAGUACGACAAUAUGUCCAGCGCAUGUGUCCUCUUCAUCCUCGACGUGAUGCGUAAGACCUCUUCGCAGGAUGGCCAAGCAACUACUGGAGAGGGUAAGGAGUGGGGUGUCCUCUUCGGCUUUGGCCCCGGCCUCACCGUCGAGACGCUCGUCCUCUACAGCGUCCCGAUCACAGCCACUACAUGAUCGAUCAGCAAACGACACUUUAUUAUUUAUUCGCCAACAACAUAAAAUCACCAGUACUACAAGUGGUUACGAGAGCGACGGUGUGAUGGCUGUUCUGAGUUUCCUUUAUCACUGGUUUUCACUUUUUGUUGUGUUUCUACUGUAAGAAUUCAUAUGUGUUUUCCUCCCCAAACCCUGUUGUAUGUGCUCCUGAUGUACCUCGUGUAUUUUAGUAACGUUCAGCAUUAUGUUUCUUAUUAGUAAUUUUAUGUAAUGUAUGGGUUGCAGUGUCCACAUCCUCAAACAUGUACGGUUCAGUUGCCUAUCUCUUUUCCCUCUCAUCAUGAUCAUUGAGCUUCUUAACCAUCUAUUUACUUUUGCCACGAUUACUGCAUACUAGUUAUUAACCCCUUAGUGUUUUCGGUUUUCAAAUAUAGGGACAUUCAAGACACUAUUUUGACCAGUGUAAUAGUAUUUAAUUUCUAAUUUUGUAUAAAUAAAAGGAUCGAGUUAAAUAGCUCCAACCAUUUGUGAUUGUACUGUUUGCAUGUAUACUCUUUUCCAACCAUCAAUCGAGACACAACUAUUUUUCACCCCAGGAACUUUAUGUUUAUAAUAAAUGUAACAAU